AUAUGGUAAUAUUCAUUGCUUUAAUGGUGGAAAGAGCUUUGGACCCCCAAAAAAAAAUAGAAAAUAUGCAGUUAAUGUUGACUCGCCCUAUAUUUUAUCUUCUAAUCAGAGAAAAAUGAUGUGUUGAUAGCAAUCAGGUUUCGGCUACUUUUACUGAAGUGGGAAUUUUUUUUGGCAUGCCGUAUUCUUGUUCACACUCAGCAGUCACUGCACACCAUACUCUCUUCUCUAUUUACGUUUAAAUAUCUCUCAUUAUUAUCAUAGAAAUGUCAAAGGGCUCAAAAGUAACAUGCUCUUUCAACUGGUAUAUGCUAGUCUGCUAGAUCAGGGCACUUAUAAAGUCAUCUUUGAUUGGCUUCGUGAUAUUCUGCAUUUAUUGCUAUCCCCAAGGUCAAAGAUUCCAAGGACGGUAGCCAGAGGAAAAAAUAACGAAGUAUCAUAGAUUAUGGGUAUACUUUGUUCAUGACUUCAUAUACAUCACCUGGCUUUGACUGUCAUCCUGAAUUGUAGUGUUUUUGGUGUGUUGAGUUUCUGGGCACGCUCUCUCUCUCUAUCUACAGCACUUGUUCUGCUCUUGGUCUUGGGGCAUCUACUGCUCUUCUGGAUAAAUCUAAUGAACUGUGAAGUCCCAGUGCACUUCUAGCUCAAGUUCAAGGUGUGGGUUGAUCAGUUUUUACCAAAUCCCUUGGAAAGAACAAGCAAACACAAGAAAGUUUCUGAAAAAUCAUGGCCGAAGAUGAUAAAUAUACGAAAGAUGGGACAGUAGAUCACCUUGGAAAUCCGGCUGAUAGAAGUAAAACUGGAACCUGGAAGGCCUGCCCCUUCAUUCUAGGAAAUGAAUGUUGUGAACGAUUGGCGUUCUAUGGGAUGAGCUCCAACCUUGUGCUUUAUUUUAAGAAACAACUCCAUCAGCACAAUGCUACUGCCACUAGGAACAACUUGAAUUGGGGCGGAACAUGCUAUCUCACCCCUUUGAUUGGGGCAUUUCUUGCUGAUGCCUAUCUUGGAAGAUAUCGUACUAUCGCCUAUUUCUCCAUUAUCUACGUUAUUGGAAUGACGCUUUUGACACUCUCAGCAUCAGUCCCUGGGCUAAAGCCAACAUGUCAUGGAAAAGAUAAUUGUCGUGCAACAGAUGCACAAGCUGCACUGUGUUAUGUGGCACUUUACCUGAUUGCACUGGGCACUGGUGGGAUUAAGCCUUGUGUCUCAUCUUAUGGAGCUGAUCAAUUUGAUGAUAAUGAUGAGGUUGAGAAGAAAAGUAAAGGUUCUUUCUUCAACUGGUUCUAUUUUUCGAUCAAUAUCGGUGCUCUCAUUGCUUCUUCUGUGCUGGUCUAUAUACAAAACAAUGUGGGUUGGGGAUGGGGCUUUGGCAUCCCAGCAGUGGCCAUGGCGAUCGCUGUAUUGAGUUUCUUUUCAGGUACUCGAUUGUAUCGUAACCAGAAACCUGGCGGUAGCCCUCUGACACGCAUCUGUCAGGUGGUGGUGGCAUCGUUGAGAAAACACAAAAUUGAGGUACCUGCUGACAAGUCCCUUUUGUAUGAGACUACAGAUGCAGAAUCAACUAUCACAGGAAGCCGCAAGCUUGAUCACACAAAAGAUUUAAGUUUCUUUGACAAAGCGGCAGUCGAGGUACAAAAAGAUCACAUAAAAGACUCACCAAAUCCAUGGGCACUUUGCACAGUAACUCAAGUUGAGGAGCUCAAAGCUAUUAUACGGCUGCUGCCGAUAUGGACCACUGGUAUCAUCUUCUCCACUGUCUACAGUCAAAUGAGCUCCUUAUUCGUGUUGCAAGGUGAGACCAUGGAUCCUCAUGUUGGCCACUCAAGCUUCAAAAUCCCAUCUGCAUCUCUGUCAAUCUUCGACACCCUUAGUGUCAUUUUUUGGGUCCCAAUCUAUGAUCGAAUCAUUAUCCCAUUAGCUAGGAAAUACACUGGUCACAAGACUGGCCUAACUCAGCUCCAGAGAAUGGGCAUUGGCCUCUUCAUAUCCAUCUUCUCCAUGAUAUCUGCAGCAGUUUUGGAGCUUGUUCGGCUUCAAAUGGUUAGAAGACACAACUACUACGAACUUGAGUACAUCCCCAUGUCCAUAUUUUGGCAAGUUCCUCAGUAUUUCCUCAUAGGUUGUGCAGAAGUUUUCACCUUCAUUGGUCAGUUGGAAUUUUUUUACGAACAAGCACCUGAUGCCAUGAGGAGCUUGUCCUCUGCUCUCUCAUUGACCACUGUGGCUCUGGGAAGCUACUUGAGUUCUCUGCUUGUAACCAUUGUUACCAAAGUGAGUACUAAAAACGGAAAGCUUGGAUGGAUACCAGACAAUUUGAAUUAUGGUCAUCUCCAAUACUUCUUUUGGCUCUUGGCUGUGCUGAGUGUGCUGAAUUUGAUAGCUUUUAUCUUCAUUUCAAAAUGGUACACAUACAAAAGGACAGCGGGAAGUCUCCAGUGAUCGGAUACUCUGGUUGUCGAAACACUUGUAUAUACAAUCAGCUUUAUGAGUAUCAUCUCCUUAUGCAUGCAACACAGUUGGAAGUAUAUUCAAGCAUAACAGUACUCUUAUGUUUGCUUUCAUCAGAAAAUGCAAAAAUGAAGCGAAUAGGAUGAAAGGAGAAAGUGAACUGCAAUAUAUAUAGAUUAAGCAAAUGUUUCUCGCUUCAUAAAUCAAUGUACCACAAAAACUCUAUCUGAACAUUUACUGCUGCCUCAAUGAUUGUCAGCAUUUUCUCUUUAGCUUCUAACCAA